AGUGACGGCAACAUCGGUUCCUCUGGUCCAGCGUGUUCCGCGGCCGCGUCUCUUUUUUCGUCUCGACCCGUCUCGUCUUUCCACCUUUUCUCUGUAUCUUUCUUUUGCCUCCCCCUUUUCUGCCCCGCCGUUUUUCUCUCUCCGUUCCGGUCCGAUGGUACGCGGCGAUCGUCGGGGAUCGGAUCCUCGUAAUGCCGGCUCCACGUGACGGAGAUCACCGGACGGAUCGGGUGUGCAGUGCGUGAGCGAGUGUUCGGUCGGAGCCAGUGUCACCGCGUGUGUCCAACCAGUCCGGCGAACGGGCAGCUGCAUCCUCGCGGCCGGGUCCGCCUGGUCGCAGAACCGUGUAAUCGACGGACGCGUCCUCUUUCACGAUUUCCGAUCGAUCUCCGAAAACUGAACCUCCCAGCGGACCAUCCGAAUCAGGAUCCAAGCGUUCGCUCUUCUAGGUGCACCGGGUGUACCUGUCGCGGAUCUAGGUUGAAGUGAGCCGCCAGAUGUAGGACGAUGAUCCCAGUGCGAGAGUGAUUAGGUGUCUAUCAGCGAUGCUGUAGUGGUGUUUGGAUCGUGGUUUCAGGAGCUCACACUCCGAAUCACUGGACUAACAUUCGAAGGUCGUAGAAGGUACUAGGUCUCCGUCGAAUUUCGGAGCUGAUGAUCAUCUUAGUCUUUAGGUAGCUCCAAGUAGAAGAGUCUAGACAGGUCUGAAUCCGGAAGAACAUUCGUCCGUCCAGAGUAUCUCCCAAGGAAAGUGAAGCUCGAGUCUAGCGGAUACAGUGUAUCCACGGUACACCCGGCGUACCCUUGGAACCACGAGGUAGCGAGCUCGUAAGGAUGAAGCGGACCGUUAAACAUCCUAGGGGUGGAUUUCUGUUGAGCGUCAUUAGGGCCGGCGCGUUUUACUUGUACCGGCACAUCAAGCAUGCCAUUAGAAAUGAGAUCGGCUUCCUGUAACUCGUUCGCUCCGAGGGAAAAGGAACUCGAGCCUCCACCGGUGGACGAGAUCGAGAUCGAGCGCGGAGCACGGCGCAGCGAGGACAGCGUUGGAAUGCUGGAUGCGAUUGCGAAACCACGGGACAGGCAUCCGGAGACGUGACCGAGUCAGGAGACGGGAAUUAAAAGCACCGGGACAGGAGCAGUCGCCCCGGCGACCGAGAGAUCGGCAACGCUAGGGUCACGGGAUACGGGAGAGAAUUGCGGCGGAAACGGAGCUCUAGGAUCCAGCGGAGAUCCGCCGCUAGCGGCUCGACUAUUUACCUUUCAGAACGCUGAGUCGGGGCUGCCUGAGACCGCGUGUUGACUUCCCGGCGCAGCGGAGAACCGUCAGCACGUUUCUCGGACGAGGCUGGCUAGUCAAACAGCGCGGCAAGAGGACUCGAUUUAAAGAGCCAGCGACCCGCCGGGAAUCAAUCGGAGUCGCACGGCGGCGCGCUUGAUAUCGGGUUUUAAAGGGCCCGGCAGGAUGACAUGAACGCGGCUGCGACGGCGUCCGUCGAUGGGACAGUGUUACGUUCGGGUGCGACACGGUCGGGGAUCGCGCUGACAUCAAUCGGGGCGAGCGCUGAUGCAUCCUGGACGCGCGUAUGCUCCUCGUGGCUACGGGGUGAGCAGGCUCGCGCAGUUUAGAGGGUCCGGCGGUGGCUAGGGCCGAGUAAUGGACGGCUUGAGGAGGAUCGAGUGAGCACCGCCAGGCGUGUGUGGGGACGGGGUUUGGAAGGGCGCGAACGAAGAUGACGUCGUCGAUCCUGGCGCUGCUCGGCCUCGUCCUGGUGACCGCCAGCGCCGAGCUCACCUCGAGGAUCAUCAGGACAAAGUACGGGGAACUGUCCGGCGUUAUCGUGACCCCCGACCGGCACCUCGAGGGCGUCGAGGUGUUCCGCGGUGUUCCGUACGCGUCGCCGCCGGUCGGGUCCCUGCGGUUCAUGCCGCCCGUGAGCGGCGCGCUAUGGCACGGCGUCAAAGUCGCGGACAAGUUCAGCCCUGUGUGCCCGCAGAGGCUGCCCGAGCUCACCGACAAGAUGCCGAAGGGACGGGCCGAGUAUCUGAAGAGGCUGCUGCCCUACCUGAGGAACCAGAGCGAGGACUGCCUCUAUCUUAACAUCUACGCACCGGUUCAAGCCGGCGCGAGGGACGGCGGCGGAAGGAGAUACCCGGUGAUCGUGUUCGUGCACGGCGAGAGCUACGAAUGGAGCAGCGGCAACCCCUACGACGGCAGCGUGUUGGCCAGCUACGGAAGUGUCGUUGUUGUCACCAUCAAUUACAGACUCGGCAUCCUGGGCUUUCUAAACGCUAACACGGAUUCGCACUUACGGUCGCCGGCGAAUUACGGGCUGAUGGACCAAAUCGCGGCGCUGCAUUGGGUGCAGGAGAACAUCGGCUACUUCGGCGGCGAUCCCGGCAACGUGACGUUGAUCGGCCACGGGACCGGCGCCGCAUGCGUCAACUUCCUGAUGACCAGUCAUGCGGUACCCGACGGUUUGCUGUUCCAUCGCAGCGUGCUGAUGUCGGGCAGCGCGCUUUCUCCGUGGGCGCUGGUGAGAGGAGCCGCAAAUUACGCUCUGCAAGUUGCCAAACAUCUAAAUUGCUCGUGGACCGCAGGUGAUCCUCAGGCAUUGCUUAGAUGCCUGAGAGAAGUGCCACUGAACGCGCUGGUCUCGGUGCCCGUCAAGGGCCUGGAAUUCGCCCCCGCGUUUGGCCCUAGUAUAGACGGCGUUGUGAUCGACCCCGGUGAUCCAGAAGAUCAGGACUUCACCCUACAAGUAGACACGAUCAAUACGCUGAACAACAUCCUGCUACGGAAGGACAUCGUAGCCAAACUCUCGAGGUACGAUCUGAUGAUCGGUGUGGUACGAUCGGAAGCGUACUUCUCUUUGACUGCCCACGAUGCGCAGUACGGCAUCGAGGACGACAGGAGGACGAAAAUUCUCAGGGAGUUCGUUCGCAACACGUACACGUAUCAUCAAGCUGAGAUAUUGGCAACAAUCAUCAACGAGUACACGGACUGGGAGCGACCGGUGCAGCAUCCGGUGAACAUAAAGGACGAAACGCUGGAAGCCUUGGGCGAUGCGAACACAGUGGCGCCAGCUACGAGGACCGCGGACCUUCACAGUCAAUCCCACCGAAAUUCUUACCUCUAUGUGUUCGAUUACCAAACGAAAUUCGGCGACUACCCUCAGAGGCAAGGCUGCAUCCACGGCGAGGACCUGCCAUAUUUUUUUGGAGCACCUAUAGUAGGCGGCCUGUCGCACUGGCCGAAAAACUACACCAAAGCUGAGAUCGCGUUAUCUGAGAGCGUGAUACUGUAUUUGACGAACUUCGCGCGUACAGGGAAUCCGAACGAAGGCACACGGAAAUUGAAGAACAUCGAUUGGAUCGCGUACGAGGCCGUACACAAAAAAUACCUGAGCAUAGAACUCAAGUCGAAGCUGAAGAACCACUACAGAGCGCACAGACUCUCCUUCUGGCUGAACCUAGUCCCCGAUCUACAUAAGCCUGGCUCGGACGACGUUCCUAGGUCGCAUCAUCUACUCGACGUUGAACAGGUGCCGCCGAGGUUCAUCCAGAGGAUACCAACGACGACCAGAACGACUACAGCGGAGGUGACCGUCGCAGAGAAGACUCCGAACGUGACGACGGCCAUACCCAGCGAGCUGGCGUUCGAGGACACGACGACGCAACCGGAGGACGGGUUCGCGGCUUACUCGACCGCUCUCAGCGUCACGAUCGCGAUCGGCUGCAGCCUGUUGAUCCUGAACGUGCUGAUAUUCGCGGGCGUUUAUUACCAGCGCGACAAGAGCAAUCAGCACAACUGCUCGAAGAAGAGGCAGGAGAACGGUCAGAUGCCGAACAACAUCUGCGGCGACCUGGAGACGAAAACGGCGGAGAGGCAUCACAUUCAGCACAUACCGCCGCCGGAGUUCGCCGAUCUGCAGAACAACAGCUGCCACGUGCCGAUGCCACCCCCGCCGCCGAAGAACACCAAGCCCGGCAAGCAGGGGCAGAACCUGAUCAUCAGCCCCAACCAGCUGGCCACAAUCAUCAGCAACAGGUCAUGGACGAGCUGA